ACAUGUUCUGGCGCUGAUGUCGUAUGUCGUAGGUGAUCAUCGAAGCCCGAAGCCGAAGCCCUGUAUAAGCCAGUAAGCGUCGGUGUGCGUAAAAUGGCGGAUGGUGACAUUGAUUUGUAUGCCGAUGAUCUCGAGCAAGAUUUCGCCCAGGACGAAUUCGCUGGAGAUGGUGUUGAUUUAUAUGACGAUGUAAUAGCCGCUCCUUCUGGAGGUAAUGGUGGAGUUUCUGGUAGCAACAGCACCAGUGGAGGCGGCGGCGAUGCUGAUGCAUCUAAUGUGUCUAACGAGGAAACUAAUGGUAAUGCUCCUUACCAUCAACUCGGAAAUAACAUACAGCCUAAUCAAAUCGGACGCCGUCACCAACUUUACGUUGGUAAUUUAACAUGGUGGACAAGCGAUCAAGAUAUCACAGAUUGCGUACAAAGUAUUGGAGUAUCAGAUUUUGUCGAAGUUAAAUUCUUUGAAAAUCGUGCCAAUGGACAAUCCAAAGGAUUUUGUGUUAUAUCGCUCGGUUCAGAGCAGAGUAUGCGAAUUUGUAUGGAACGACUUCCGAAGAAAGAGUUGCAUGGUCAAAAUCCUAUGGUUACAUAUCCCACAAAGCAAGCUUUAAACCAGUUCGAAUCACAGUGUAAAACAAGACCAGCUCCAGCUCCACAGCAAAAUCAGAGUCAGCGUCCUCACAAUCCACAUCAGCAUCAAGCUCCGAUGCCGCCUCAUCAGCAGCAUCCUCAGCACCCCCAACACUCACAACAUGCCCAACAAAACCACGGGCCUAGAAUGAUGAUGGGUCCACCCCAAGGACCGAGACCUCAAAGAAUGCCGCCUCCUGGCAUGGGACCACCAGGUCCCGGAGGACCAGGUCAACAAGGUCCACCAAGAAUGCAUGGUCCACCUAUGGGUGGUCCAGGACCUCACCACGGAAUGCCUGGACAUCCUAACCAAGGUCCACCGCCACCGGGUUACCAGCAAGGGCACUGGAACGGCCCAAGGCCAAAUGGACCACCUGGACCCCCUCGGCCUAAUGGACCUCCUCAGCAAGGACCACCUGGACCAGGUCCUGGACAACAUAGACCUCCUGGAAUGCAGUUCCAUGGCGGCCCACCUGGACCACCAGGUCAAGGACCUCCUCGACCUCCAGGUCACCCCGGUGGUCCACCCGGAGACCCACGAAGUGCUCCACCUCGUCCAGAAUGGAAUCGACCUCCUGGAAUGCAUCACGGACAACAAGGACCUCCAGGAUUUCCUCAGCACCAGCACAUGCAAGGUCCACAACAAGGACCACCACAACGCGGACCUCCUCCAGGAGGAAUGGGUGGAAUGAUUCCUGGUCCAGGAGGCGCUCCACCAGGCCACGGUGGUCCACCACAAGGACCACCUCCUGGAGGACCAGCUCCUCACGUAAAUCCAGCAUUUUUCUCACAAGGUCCACCGCAUCAGCAUCCGGGACAACAUGCCGGAGGCCCACCACCCCACGGACCUCCUCAUGCACCUCCUCACGGUCCUCAUGGUCCUCCGCAUUCACAACCUCAUGGUCCUCAUCCUCCUCCUCAUGGCUAUGGACCACCACCUGCUCAGACGCCAUACGGAACACCAGGAGCUGAUCAUCGACCGGAAGAUCAACCUCAAAUAAGAGAACAAGAGUUUGAAGUAAUAAUGGAUCGUAAUAGAACCGUGUCAUCAUCAGCUAUUGCACGUGCUGUGUCUGACGCUGCUGCUGGAGAGUAUGCCAGUGCUAUCGAGACUCUUGUCACUGCGAUAUCUCUUAUUAAACAGUCUAAGGUCGCGGGAGAUGAUCGAUGCAAAAUUCUUAUCAGCUCGCUGCAAGAUACUCUACGAGGUGUUGAGACCAAGAGUUAUGGAUCUGCACGUCGUGAACGGUCAAGAUCACGGGACAGAGAACGAAGCCACAGACGCAGGCGUGAAAGAUCAAGGAGCCGUGAUCGUGAAUACCGUGAACGUUCAAGAGAACGUGAUCGUGAGCGUGACCGUGACCGUGAACGUGAUCGAGAUCGUGAACGUGAUCGUGAACGUUACUACAAUGAAGCUACAUAUCCACGAGAAAGAUCACGCAGUCGUGAAAGGGAUCGUGAGCGUGAACGUGAUCGCGAGUACCGUGAACGCAGCAGAGAAGAGAGUACAACACGUCAAUCAUCCAGACCAAGAGUUAAAGAAGAACCUGCUGAAGCUGCGCCUGUUUCGUCAGCAAAACCAUCUAGGUAUUACGACGAUCGAUACAGAGAACGUGAUCGUGACAGAGAACGUGAACGUGAGACAGCUCGUCGCCCAGCAGAACGAGAACGUGAACGUGAACCUGAACGAGAACGAGAACGUGAACGAGAUCGUCGUGAUGAACGUGCUGAUUCUUCUCAUCGUUCUAGACACUAGUAUGAACAACCAAGACAAUGACCUGAUAACAUUCUGCGACUAUGUUAUAUAAUAGUUACGUCAAAAAUAUUAAUACAACAUUCUUUAUUCCAUAUAUAUUUUUUUUUUUUUUAAUAAACUAACACUUAUUACACAGUCACGUAAGCAUACACGGUUUGAAUUUAGUGCUCGUUGUGUUUGAUAUUAAAAUUAAAGUGGCAUUUUAAAAUUUAAUAUCUUGUAAAUCUAUAUAUAUUUACAAUAUGUUUACGAACAUAGAGUAUAGAGAUAAUUAAAUGCAUCUUUUUGAUAUCAGAUCGCUAUUUAAAUUAUUCCAUAACUAAAACGAUUGUGUGAACAGUGACAAUUUUGAGUAACUUUUUUUUAUGAUUUUUAACGGAACAUGCCACGAAAUAUAUUGAUAUUAUUAAACAAAAAAAAUAUAUAUAUAUUCUGAAUGCAUAGUAUAUGGAAUAAUUAAAAAAAUAAGUUAAAGUUAUUUAAGCGAAUGAAUGUAGACAACAGAAUUGACAACUAUCACCAACAGUGAAAAAUCAGUCGAAAAAAAACAAAAAAAAAAAAAAAGUGUGAAGUGUUUUAUCUAACGCGUUAUAUGAGGCAAUUUUUGAAUAUAGAAAAAAAAAUAAUUAAUAACUAAACGUCACUUGAUAAUAAAUGUUGAAGAUAAUUAAAUUAAUUGAUUAAAGGUGACGAUUCAAGCUGUAUGUUAAUCUAAUACAAAUUAUUCGGAUUUAAAAUAUAUAAUAAUGAACAUGUCUUUACUUUAUUCAUCUGUAACACUUAA